AUGGGAUUCAAGUUCGUCUACCUCUGUGACCUGCUCUCAAGUUUAGAACGCAACCGCCACCUCAAAGCAGCAAGUUCGGCGAGGUCCCAGAAUACGGAUUUCCACAUACUCUCGAAUUGGUGUUUGAAUCACUCAAAACGUAUUCAUGAUAAGGAUACGGAUUUAGGUGCCUUGCUAUCAUGUCUCUUUCCUGAGAAACGCCCAGACAGGGUGUACGGGUUUCAAAGCGCUGCCCUGGCCCGAAUCAUCGCCCGGUGCUUGUAUUUGGGAAUCUCACGAAUAAAGGAUCUUGACAAAUGGCGAGUACAAGGAGAGGGUGACCUGGGACAGUGUGUCGAGAAUGUGAUGAGACAAGCGGAAAACCAGAUCAUUCCCGGCCAGGAGGUCACUAUAGAAGAAAUCGAUGCUGUGCUGGAUGAUAUCUCGUCUCGCUGCCGAUUCUCUGGUCCUAGCGUCCGAAAAAGACAUGCUGCCGCUGCCGUUGACGAAAUCCUGGGACCUUUAUACCGAAAGUUGGGUAGUCGAGAUUCAAAGUGGUUGACUCGGCUGAUCCUAAAGUCGUACCAUCCCGUUAAAAUACCAAUGGAUGCUGCUCUCAAAAAUAUACAUUUUCUUCUACCACAGCUACUGCUUUUUCAAAAUUCGUUUGAGGCAGCGGUUUAUCUGCUUAAAUCAACGCCUCUCAAAUACUUCCCCCGUAAUCCGCCAGUGGAUUCACGUCAAUUACUGAAUGAGAAGGCUAUACAGCAUCUGGUACCACAACCUGGAGUCAAAGUUGGUCGUCCAGACUAUUAUAAAGCUAGAAGUAUUAAACACUGCUGUAGCAUAAUUUCAAGGAGAAGGAUGAGUUUGGAAAGAAAGUAUGAUGGUGAAUAUUGUCAAAUACACAUUGAUAUGACAAGGGGAGCAGAUUGUAUCCAGAUCUUCUCUAAGAGUGGCAAGGAUUCAACGGCCGAUAGAGCUGCUAUUCAUCAUACCAUAAAGCAAUCUCUAAGACUGAGUGAAAAGGGCUGCAAAAUCUCUCACCGCUGCAUUCUAGAAGGCGAAUUACUUGUAUGGAGCGACAAGGAUGGAAAAAUUCUUGACUUCAAUAAAUUACGGAAGUUUAUCAUGCGCUCUGGAACAUUUAUCGGAACCGAAUAUGAUUCCCAGCCGAAACCGUACGAGCACCUGAUGAUAGUAUUUUUUGACAUCCUGCUAUUAGAUUCUGAUGUCUGUCUAAGCAAGCCUCACAGAAUGAGGCGACUUAUGCUAAAGGAAACGGUCAACCCGAUCCCUGGGCGUGCGGGCAUUUCUGAACAGGAAAUUAUUGAUUUCUCUCGGUCUGAUGCCUCACGCCGCCUGCAGAUCGCCUUUUCAAAGUGUAUUGCUGAAAGAUGGGAAGGCUAUGUCUUAAAAGGGUGUGAUGAGCCUUAUUUUGCUAUUCUCUCGCCGGGAAGAGAUCACGGUUUCUGUCGUUGGAUCAAGCUGAAGAAAGACUACAUCCCUGGAUUAGGAGAUACGGCCGAUUUAUCUUUGAUUGGAGCUCGUUACGAAUCAAAGGACGCUCAGUAUUUAUCUAAUAUUCGUAAUCUUUCAUGGACGCACUUCUAUAUCGGCUGUUUGGAGAACAAACAUGCUGUCAUUCAAUCCAGUGCUCGAGCUCGGUACCGUGUUGUUGAUAUUAUUGGAAGACACAGCCUUUGUGCUAGUGAUAUGCAGCUUCUCAAUAAAUAUGGGAAGUUUAUUGCUUGCGAUGUCGAAUCUAACAUGAUGUUUGACAUUCAUAGCAUUCACAACUCCUUGCCAGAGAUGGAUAUAGCAUUCAAAACUCCCUUCAUAGUGGAGUUGCUUGGCAGUGGAUUCGAAAGGCCCAGCAAUGCACAGUACUAUACUCUCCGUUUCCCUCGAGUGUUGAAAAUCCAUUGGGAUCGAACAUACGAAGAUGCAGUUUCAUUCUCUGAACUGCAAGAUCUGGCAGAGAAAGCUCGAUCUGUUCCAACACAAAUGAUAUCGGAGGAGAGCUCACUCUGGUAUGAAAAGGUUGAGGCAACACAUGGAAGAAGUGAAUACAUAGUUGAGAAAUCACAAACCAGCACAUCUUCUGUUUCUAUAUCCAUUGGCACACCAACCCCACUGGGUAAGCAAAGCACAUUGACGUCAACAACCUUGACACCGCCCACAUCAAAGGAGACUGAGGAGGGGUCCUCACACAGUAAAAAAGCGUUUGCCAACACCAAAAAUUUUCACACAAAUUUUUAUUCUGUGUUACAAUCAUCCAUCACUAAGCGAAGUGCUCCUUCAACUCUCCUUGCUUCUCAAGCCUCUCUAAAGCGUCGCAAAGCACUGAAGCCCUCUCCUGCAAUGGAUAGAGUUGAAGAGGAGUCACUAGUACUCCAUCAAUCUCUUCGAGCUAGAGGGAGUCCAGUUCCCAUAUUUCGAUUUCCUGGUGAGGAAUUCUGUACAAUGUCUUCUUCUCAGUCUCACCAGGCUCGCGGCCAAGUGGCAGACAAGGAAGCAUUGAAAGAAAACUCAAAUCCCUCCCCAAAACAACCGCCAGCCUCUGUCCAACCAGAUAUUGUCGAUGUAUCUAAGAACGGUCCUUUGGUGAAUUGUCCUACCAAGUUGGCUGCAUCUUUGCCUCUUCUCAUGGCAACUCCUGACAAGGAAAAUACAAAUGAGGAAAGCCUGGGCCAAGUCGAGAAUCACCUAAUGGUUACAGACGCAAUCCCUAUUACUCGCAUUCUGCCAGCUUAUCUCGAAUCCCCACUUUUGACGAUUCCUAUGUACUGUGGCGACUUCGGGUUCGUGGAAUCACUCUUUCGGGCGGCCCCCCGUGAUUUCACCUUUUCUAUGGCACACUUUGUACAUUCAUUGGGAACGCCCUUGACACGCGAAAAUCUACGUGCCUCAAACCCAUCUGCGGUGGAUAGCAAUAUAGCUCUGGGCAUUGCCAUUAUCAACAAGCGAGACCCAGCCAACACUCUCGCCGCGCAGCUGUACAAUAUCGGGAAUCUCGUGGCUGCAUCCUUGCAAAAUGAAUCCAUCGGCUUCCCGACUCGCGGCAAAAUCUUUUUCCUUGACCGUAACAUUCUUACCGCAGAAAAUGGGGUUCACGAUGAGACGUUGUUGUUGAACGACUGGUGGGCUGUGUAUGGUACCAUGUAUUACUACGCUACCAUCUCCUGGGGCUUUGGCAUGGAUUUAGACCAGUUCUCUCAGCGUGUUGACGAAGCGUGUGAACUUGGCGCCCAGGCCGUUUGGUAUGAUUUACGGCGAACUACCACUGUCAUCAACCUCUAUGAACCUAGUGAUGUGGAAAUCAUUGGUGAAUUUGUUUCCAUUGACCCUGUCGUUCACAUCCGUGGGGACUACUUUCAUUCGCCAGGUAGGUUCACACGAUCUUUAUCCGAUUGA